AUGACAAGUUUGGUUUUAUUUAAUUCGGAACCAUCUUUAACAGAUGAUUUUAUCAAACCAGGUGUUGAUUGGGGUACUGGUAAAAAACGUAUUCCAUUGAGUAAGGAUCCAAGUUCUGCUCAUCCAUCAGGAACGUUUCUUUACAAAGGUGAACCAAUUGCACAAAAUUAUCGAAAUACAGAUAUUACAUUGAGUAAUGUUCGAAUCAAUGAUGAAUUAAUACCUGCAUCACUUCAUACAACUGAUAUAACACCUCAUCAAAUACCAUUAAAAUUUCCAUCAAAUCAUCCAUUUUCAUCACAUAUUAGUGAAAAAGCACUUUUUCCUAAUGCAAGUAUUAAUAUUGAUGAUCGUCCUUCAAUAGAUAAGGAUCCAUAUAUUGUCACACAUAAAAUUCGUGGUAAUCCAUUUCGUCGUGAAGUGCAUUAUCAAGGACUACAACGAGAACGGCAUCGAAAUUUAAAAUGGCCUGAUAAACAAUAUAUGCAUUUACCUCGUUCAUUUAGUGAUCUUAGUUUAUCAUCAAUAUAUCCUUGGCCACGAAAAAUAUUUGUACCAAAUGAUGAUAGUUCUAUUGAAAAUUCUGGAACAAAUAUAGUUAAAAAUAAAGAUAGAGUAUUAUUUGAAACAACAUAUCAAAGUGAUUUUUCAAACGGUGAAGGUCUUGGUACACAUGCCGUAUAUGAUACAACAGUAUCACUUCAACCAACUGAACAAUUAACACCAUAUUUUAAAAAAACACUUGAUCCAGCAAGACCAAUUGAAGGUAUGCAAGCUAUUCAUAUUCAUGGUAAUCAUCGACAACCAAGUGCAUUAGAUAAACGAAAAACAUCAACAGAAACAAUAAAAGUUAUGAGUGAAAACGAAAAACUUGAUGAUCAUAUGCGAAAUGGAACUGAUUAUGUAAAUUUACCAGCUCAUAUGUUUCCAACAGAACGAGCAGCAACAUGGAUUCCUCGAUCCGAAACUUCUAAUACUAAUAAUCAACAACAACAACCUGAAAUUCGUUUUCUUCAUCAUCUUCGACCAUCUGCAAGUGUUCCACAAAUUGCUCGUGAUCAUCAAGCAAGUCAUCAACAAAUUGAAGCUGAAAAUCGUCUUGAACAAUUAGAACUUAUUCGACCACAGGAUAAUCUUAAUUUACUUAAUAUUAAAUUUCGUACUCUUCAACAUCCACGUCAUUCUCGACCAAUUUUACCACAAUAUCGUGAUGCUUAUGUUAAUACAUUUUAUGAUCAACUUGGUACAUAUAUUCAAGAAAGAUCAGGUCUUUAUCAUACUAAUACUUAUGAUCCAAAUGCAUUAAUACAAGCAAUACCGGAUAUUGAAAAUUCAGAAAAUAAUCAAAAUGAAAAUGAUAAUUUAUUAAAAGAUGAAAAUUAUCUUGGUGAUCUAUUAGAUUCUAGUGAACAAACACAAAAUGUAUCAAAACCAAAAUUAUUUCAAUAUAAAACUUUUCAUGAUUAUCAGGCUAUGCGAAGUGGUCUUCUCAAUAAAUUUCGUGUUCCACAAGAUACAAGUACUGUUAAUACUCGUAUUCAAGAAGGUAAUAAACCAUUUAUUCAACGCGAAUCAACAUAUGGUCAAUCAUAUAAUACUCGAAAAUUUCUUCAAGAAAAUACUUUAUUACAUCAUUCACGUUCUGAUCCAACUUGUUUAAUGAGUACACAAUAUAAUACUAAUCUUGAACGAGCACGAAGUAUGAAUAGUUAUCCAAUGAAACCAAUACAUAAUAUAUCAUUUAAUAAUAAUGAUAAUAAUAAUAAAGAAAAAACAAAUGAUAUUCUUAUUGGUCCACUUAUUCAUCCAUCACCAUAUGAUGAAUUAUUUGCAACAAAAUAUAUAACUGAACAUACAGAUGGUUAUUCUCGUCGAUCAGUAAAUCGUGUUUAUGAUUCACCAUUUAAAAGUAAAGAAGAUAUGACUGCCUAUAAAUUUUUUGAAAAAAAACAAACACCAGUUACACCAUAUCUACAAAUUUCUGAUCAACUUCCACGUUCAGCUAAGAAUGUUUUACGUCUUCCUGGUCCAGAAGUUGUUUCUCGUUUUCUAGAACCAAAAUUAGAACCACAUUCAACUUAUCAACAUUCAUAUAAAGAUGUAUCUUUUCAUGAAACAAUAUUACCAAUACAAGAUGCAAGAUUAAGUUUCGACUCAAAUUAUUUAUCAAUGAAAGAUAAUGAUGAAAGAUUUGGUCGAACAUCAGAUGGUCGUAUUAAACAAUGGAAAUUAAUUGGUCUUCAAGAUCGUUGGACAAAAACAAAAGCACAAAAACAAUAUCAUAUUGAUCAUCCAGAAUCUGUACCUUAUGUUGGUGAAAGAACAAUACAAACAAAGAAAGAAAUUCUUAUUGCUGAUAAUAUUGAACGACAAAGAAUGAUGACAGUUCGAUGA